AUGGGGGGGGGCGAACGAGACAACCAACAGUUGGGGGCGAACGAGACAACCAACAGUUGGGGGCGAACGAGACAACCAACAGUUGGGGGCGAACGAGACAACCAACAGUUGGGGGCGAACGAGACAACCAACAGUUGGGGGCGAACGAGACAACCAACAGUUGGGGGCGAACGAGACAACCAACAGUUGGGGGCGAACGAGACAACCAACAGUUGGGGGCGAACGAGACAACCAACAGUUGGGGGCGAACGAGACAACCAACAGUUGGGGGCGAACGAGACAACCAACAGUUGGGGGCGAACGAGACAACCAACAGUUGGGGGCGAACGAGACAACCAACAGUUGGGGGCGAACGAGACAACCAACAGUUGGGGGCGAACGAGACAACCAACAGUUGGGGGCGAACGAGACAACCAACAGUUGGGGGCGAACGAGACAACCAACAGUUGGGGGCGAACGAGACAACCAACAGUUGGGGGCGAACGAGACAACCAACAGUUGGGGGCGAACGAGACAACCAACAGUUGGGGGCGAACGAGACAACCAACAGUUGGGGGCGAACGAGACAACCAACAGUUGGGGGCGAACGAGACAACCAACAGUUGGGGGCGAACGAGACAACCAACAGUUGGGGGCGAACGAGACAACCAACAGUUGGGGGCGAACGAGACAACCAACAGUUGGGGGCGAACGAGACAACCAACAGUUGGGGGCGAACGAGACAACCAACAGUUGGGGGCGAACGAGACAACCAACAGUUGGGGGCGAACGAGACAACCAACAGUUGGGGGCGAACGAGACAACCAACAGUUGGGGGCGAACGAGACAACCAACAGUUGGGGGCGAACGAGACAACCAACAGUUGGGGGCGAACGAGACAACCAACAGUUGGGGGCGAACGAGACAACCAACAGUUGGGGGCGAACGAGACAACCAACAGUUGGGGGCGAACGAGACAACCAACAGUUGGGGGCGAACGAGACAACCAACAGUUGGGGGCGAACGAGACAACCAACAGUUGGGGGCGAACGAGACAACCAACAGUUGGGGGCGAACGAGACAACCAACAGUUGGGGGCGAACGAGACAACCAACAGUUGGGGGCGAACGAGACAACCAACAGUUGGGGGCGAACGAGACAACCAACAGUUGGGGGCGAACGAGACAACCAACAGUUGGGGGCGAACGAGACAACCAACAGUUGGGGGCGAACGAGACAACCAACAGUUGGGGGCGAACGAGACAACCAACAGUUGGGGGCGAACGAGACAACCAACAGUUGGGGGCGAACGAGACAACCAACAGUUGGGGGCGAACGAGACAACCAACAGUUGGGGGAGAACGAGACAACCAAAAGGGGGGGAGAACGAGACAACCAAAAGGGGGGGAGAACGAGACAACCAAAAGGGGGGGAGAACGAGACAACCAACAGUGGGGGGAGAACGAGACAACCAACAGUGGGGGGAGAACGAGACAACCAACAGUGGGGGGAGAACGAGACAACCAACAGUGGGGGGAGAACGAGACAACCAACAGUGGGGGGAGAACGAGACAACCAACAGUGGGGGGAGAACGAGACAACCAACAGUGGGGGGAGAACGAGACAACCAACAGUUGGGGGCGAACGAGACAACCAACAUUUGGGGGCGAACGAGACAACCAACAUUUGGGGGCGAACGAGACAACCAACAUUUGGGGGCGAACGAGACAACCAACAUUUGGGGGCGAACGAGACAACAGGGGGUGGGGAGAACGAGACAACCAAAAGGGGGGGAUAACGAGACAACCAAAAGGGGGGGAUAACGAGACAACCAAAAGGGGGGGAUAA